AAUACACGAACGAACGUAAAAAAGCCGGUACGAGCAAAUAACCGCCAGAUGAACUCAGGCCGUUUGAGUGUGAGCUAGCUGAGCACAACGCACAGAAUUUGUGUCGAUCUGGUGGUUCUGAGGCAAAGGAUCACUAUCAAAGGAUGAAUUUCUCGAGGAAAAUUACCAGUCAAUUCGCCGAGAUCUGUUCUAUGAACGUGAAAAACAUGGGGCGAAACAGCUGUGAUCGCAAUGGGAAGGAAAAAGAAUCCUUCGAGAAGACCUAUGCAAUCGGCCAACUGCUUGGAAGUGGAGGCUUCGGAACCGUCUACGCCGGCACUCGAGUCCGAGACAAUUUGCCGGUUGCAAUCAAGCUUGUGACGAAAGAAAAAGUCAACGAUUGGAGUCAGAUGAAUGGCCAGAAAGUCCCACUUGAGGUCCAUCUCCUGAAGAAAGUCAGCCACAUACGGGGCUGCAUCAGAAUGUUAGAUUUCUAUGACAGAGCAGACAAUUUCAUCAUAGUCAUGGAGCGCCCCGAACCUGCAAAGGACUUGUUUGAUUUCAUCACAGAGCGGGGGCCUCUGGAAGAAGAGCUCUGUCGAAAAUUCUUCCGGCAAGUUGUGGAGACGACGCGGCGAUGCCACGAAGCCGGUGUCCUGCACAGAGAUCUCAAAGACGAGAACAUUCUAGUCGAUAUGAAGUCUGGCGAUCUGAAGCUGAUCGACUUUGGAUCAGGGGCCAUUCUCAAAGACACCGUCUACAAAGAUUUUGAUGGUACCCGAGUCUACAGCCCACCAGAAUGGAUCCGUUCCCAUCGCUACCACGGCCGGCCUGCCACAGUCUGGUCCCUGGGCAUCUUGCUGUACGACAUGGCGUGUGGAGACAUACCCUUUGAGCAGGACGAUGAGAUCUGCCGAGCCGAACUCGUCUUCAAGGACGGAAUCUCCCAGUCCUUGAAGCAUCUGAUCUGCUCCAUGCUCCGAGUCAAACCUAUGCACAGACUGAAUCUGGACGAGAUUCUGGAACACCCCUGGAUGAAGAAGGGACAGUGCGACGUCAACGCCAACGGCAAACAGUUGAUGAUGUGCACGCAGUCGGCAGGGAGUGAGGAGAGCAUCAAUCGGUCGCCGCUGAGCAGCGCCAGCUCCAGCGAGGAGGACCUAAUCAGAGACUCAAACACUUCUUCCAGCGAUCACAUGCAAUGCUCAGACCCAUGCACUAAAGAUACAACUACCUGCCCGUCCUUCUACCUUGAGGUCGAGUGCUGACCAAGAAUCUAUCCCUCCCACCACCAAACUUGGAUGUGCUGGCCAAUCCACCAAUUUGAAGGACUUUGAACUCAUGGAUUCUUGGAACAAUUACUGUGGUCAUAUUUUUAGAGUUUUUUAACAAAGUGCAAUACUUUUAUUAAGUUAUGUCACAGACAAGUCCCAGCAUUCAACUGCAAGUCAGAUUUUAUUUAUCGCACCGACAGUGCAUUGAGGUAUUUGCGAAGACUUAUAUCUAUAUAUAUUAGUGUUCAUGUUAACCAAAUGAGUGCAACAACUAAUGUGCCUUCCAGUGUCGAAACAGUUUUGGUUGAUGUGGCUUGUGUGUCUGACUUUUUACCUCAAUGUACUGGAGUGUAUGUGUGCACUUGCCUAGGGUAAAUGUGUCGUGAAAAAAAAAACAAUUUGUAUUCAAUGCAAGCUGGCAGCAAUAUGUUAGUGGGCGUUUUGGUUGAAAACAUUUUGCCAGACAGUCUUUGUUUUUGGGCAAAGUUCCCAAGAUCAAACCAACUGGGUGAAAACAUCCUGCUAACCUGAUGAAGCAUUUCCUUGAUUUCUAGAAUUGUGUGGAUCCAUGAUAAUAGAAUCAACCUGUGCAAACAUCCCUCUGUGCUGUCCGGCCAAAUAUGGUGCUGCCGUUUCACUGUAGGAAGAACAUUUUGUUUUUCCGGAUCUACCAGUGUUUUAGUGAAAUGGUGUUAUAGUAGAAACUGUGUUAAUUUUAGUGUCUAGUUCUGCACAGUUUAUGUGGUGUUUGUGAAGUAUUUUCCCUUCUCUAUUUAAAUUCCAAAUUCAUUCAAGUUUGAGACGGUUUUUAAGUUGAUGGUGCAUUUCAUGUGUUUUAACAUAAAAACCUGUUGUUCGAAAUUCCUGACAGACCGAUAUUAAUUAUGUCUAUCAAAAACUUGUCAAGUUCUAAGUUUUCAUUCAAUUUUUGAUUAUUGAACUUGUUUUCACUCGUUUUUUAAUCAAUUUUUUUCUCAAUGUUCAAAUUUUCUUGAGCUUGCUUGAAUUUGGAAAGUCUAUUUUUUAUUUAUUUAUGUCAUCGUAAUGCUCAGUUUUUUGGUUGUUUUUUUACCCUAUGGGAAUGAAUGUUAAUGUUAACUUAUUUGUCAGGUUAUACCUCACUGUAUGUUUUAAUUAUUUGUAAAUAACAGAGUGUAUAUUUUUUUAUAUUAAUAUUAAUGCAAUAAAUUCAUGUUGCCAAUGUGGCGAAAAGAAACACA